GUGUGCGCGAGGAGGAGAACGCACUGCUCCGUAGUUUGCACCAAAGAGAUUUUGAACGGUUGUUGUUUUUUUAAAUACUUCUCCCUCCCCCCCUCCCGGACUGGGCGACCUUCUGCCGCUGCGCCUACUUCGCGGGGUGGGUGUGGGUGUGGAAUCUCUCUGGAAGAGGUCCGAGCAUCUUAUUGGGCAGUCUUCAGGUGGGCCGCGCACUUUUGAGGUGACCUGGUAAUCUUUUCGUAUCAGUAGGUAUUGGCCCGCUCUCCGAAUGGCCCUCAACAAAUCUAUGCACGAGAGGAAUAGGUACAAGAACAAACCUCCCGACUUCGCUUUUCUGGCAUCCAAGUAUCCAGAAUUUAAGCAGCAUGUGCAAGUUAACUUGUCCGGAAGAGUGAGUGUAAAUUUCAAGGAUCCACAAGCAGUGAGAGCCCUGACGUGUACUGGUGCAUCCUGUAUUUACCCAUUACUGGGUGCAACUUUGAAUGGAUGGUAUUUUAUUGCAACAGAAGUGGAUGAUGUGUGCUUCAGCUAUGCCAAGAAAAAUGUAGAGCAAAAUAACUUAUCUGAUCUUAUAAAAGUGGUUAAAGUACCACAAAAAACACUACUCCUGGAUGCCUUAGAAGAAGAGUCUGAAGUUAUUUAUGACUUCUGUAUGUGCAAUCCUCCAUUUUUUGCCAACCAACUAGAAGCGAAGGGAGUAAAUUCUCGUAAUCCUAGAAGGGCACCUCCUAGUUCAGUCAAUACAGGAGGCAUAACUGAGAUUAUGGCUGAAGGAGGAGAGCUAGAAUUUGUCAAGAGAAUCAUUCAUGAUAGCUUGCAACUUAAAAAAAGAUUACGGUGGUAUAGUUGUAUGUUGGGAAAGAAAUGCAGUUUGGCACCUUUGAAAGAAGAACUGCGAAUCCAUGGAGUUCCUAAAGUCACCCAUACUGAAUUCUGCCAAGGUCGUACUAUGCGAUGGGCCCUGGCUUGGAGCUUCUAUGAAAAUGUCAAAGUUCCAUCACCUCCUUCCAAGAAAAGGAAAUUAGAAAAACCUCGGAAACCAAUCACAUUUCUCGUCUUGGCAUCAACGGCCAAAGAGUUAGGUAUGAGAGCUUCAUCUGUAGGAAUCAAUGCUGUUGAAGGAUUAGGAGUUGUUGCCGCAUGGAUUAGAAAACUACUCACUGACCUGAAGGUUCAGCAUAAAACACUUCCAUGUGGAAAAGAUGAGGUCAGCUUGUUUCUAACAGCUGUGGAAAAUUCCUGGAUUCAUUUAAGGAGAAAAAAGAGGGACAGAGUCAGGCAAUUGCGUGAACUUCCUCGAGCAUCUGAAGAUUUCCUGCAAUCAACAGAAGAAAAGAAUCAGAAAACAUCCUGUAACAUCUCUGAGUGUGAAGGAAAUGCAAAUGGGUCUACUGAAAAAUCUUCUGAGGUACUUUGUCUUGAUGUUGAGUCCUCAGAGGGUAAUGGACUCAAUAAUGUACCUGCAAUUCAGGAGAAAAAUAUGCAGGGAUCCAUUGAGGAAAGCAGCAGCGCAAAGGAACCAUCCUUCAUUUCAGAAUCCAAAGAUUCUGGGACCAAGACCUUUGCUACUGAAAUCCUGGCUCUUGAAACUGGACAGAAUGAUAACACUUCAAGGGAAUGGUUCCUUUUCAAAUGUGUGUUAAUUGUGAAGAAAGAAGGUCCUGAUAUUUUAAUAGAAAUGCACUGGAUUGAUGGACAGAACAGAGACUUAAUGAAUCAACUGUGCACUUACCUAAAGAAUCAGAUAUUUCGUUUGAUCACAACUUAAAAACAUGGAUGUAUGGAAGAAUUAUCCUUAUUUUUGUAAUCUUGCUUUUGUAUUUAACACCCUGUUUCCCUGAAAAUAAGUCCUAGCCUGAAAAUAAGUCCUAGCAUGUAUUACACAUGUGCAUAAUAUAAUCCGCCUGCCCCCCCCCCCAAAUAAGCCCUAUUUAAGACCCGUGCAGCCAGCUACCUGCCAAUUCCAUCUGAUUCUCACAGUGUGGUGGCCACGAGGCAAGAUGGGGUGGUGGAGCUGCCCCAUGUGCCCCGCAACCAGGCCAUUCACGCCCUGACACUUGCCUCGCAACAGCAGCAGCAACCAUGUUGUGGCCUGUCAGCUACCAGCCUCUCUAACAGUUGAGUCAGAUGAGGAGAAAGUAUUAGAGUGGCAAGGCAAGGCAAGUGGCAGACAACUAUUCAUCUCCCUUGGUCAGCUACUGACUUCUGAAUCCUGUCUGGGACUAUCAGACUCCUUCCUUUGAAUCGGCGGCACUACGAGUCAGGUGUGCCUUCUGGGUGGGAGUGUGGAGGUGUCUGCUUUUGGAAAAAAGCUAGUGUACCUUCCAGAACUUGUUGUGAGAGCAUGGAGAAAGAGAGAGACUCCUGAUGUGGGGCCAUUUCAGGGGGAAAGGGAGGGAGCUCAGCUUUCCACAGGCACUGAAAGACUUAUUAGCCUGUUAUGAGAGAAAGACUUUUUGCUAGAGCUGAUGAUGCUCCUAAUAAAGGGAAUAUUUAAUUAAA